AUCAAUAGAAAAAGAAAGUUAAUUUUGGUCCUUCUCACUUCUCAGUUCUCACAGCUACAGGCACAUCCUCACAGAGACAAACGAUAAACAUGGACGAUUCUUCCCUCUCUAGCAACGCCAACUACACCUAAAACCCUGGCGGUUUUAACCGCGUGUUUCCUUCUGCCAUCGGGAUCUGAAUCUACCAAAUGUGCUUCUCGCGAAGAAGGAUCUGGAACCACAACACUUGCUUCUUCUUCCUCCACUGAUGAAGCAAAUUCGCCACCGCCGGAGGAUUCUCAUCCUUUGUUUGCUCUCUCUCUCCGUCGUUGCUCCUCUCGUUUUCGUCUCUCUAGGGAGAAGUGAAUUUCUUGAAGAAUUGUAUCGUGUUACAUACAGGACAGGUAGUUUGAAAAUAAAUGCUGUAGAACAGAUUCAGGAAGGUUCUGAAGAAUUAGAAGAGCCAAAUGAAGUUGUUUAUAUAGAGAAAGAUGUUGUUUCAACAAUUACUUACGAUUCAGGGAAGAAUAACGAGUCUAGGGAAUCUAGAAUUGCAGAGUUCAGAAGUAUCCCUUUGGAAAGAAAUGUUUCAGGAUUGGGGAAUGGUAAUAAACAACACAGAGGAGCUCAGCAGAAAAAUUUAUCCUCCAAUACUGAAGAUACAAAUACACAUGCUUAUUCACAGGAAAUGUCAAAGGAGAACAUUAAAGGGACACAUAUGCAAUCUGGUCGAAAAGCCGGCCAUCAUCACAUUUUAAACUCUCGCUCUAAUAAAGUGAAAAAUCAGAAGGUUCUAGAGAUUAAGGAUCAAAUUCUUACUGCUAAAGCAUACUUGAAAUUUGCACCACCAAACAGCAACUCACGCUUGAAGGAGCUGGAGCUACAAGUGAAGGAGUUGGAAAUAGCAGUUGGAGAAGCCACCCAGGAUUCAGAUUUGUCAAUGAGUGUUUUGCAGAAAAUGAGACACAUGGAGGCUUCACUGUCUAAAGUUAGCCGUGCUUUCCCUGACUGCUCUACUAUGGCUUCUAAGCUUAAUGCAAUGAAGCGUAACACUGAAGUGCAAGUCCGGUCUCUACGAAGUCAAGCAACAUAUCUUGUUAAUCUUGCUGCAAGGUCUGCCCCAAAAAGCAUUCACUGUCUUUCUAUGCGGCUGACUACAGAAUACUUUGCCCUGAGGCCUGAGGAGAGAAAGCUUCCAAAUGAACAUAAGAUUCAUCAUCCUGAACUUUAUCAUUACGCUGUGUUCUCUGAUAAUGUUCUGGCAUGUGCAGUGGUUGUCAAUUCUACUGUCUCGUCUGCCAAGGAACAGGAAAAACUUGUUUUCCAUAUUGUGACCAAUUCACUCAGCUUACCAGUGAUCUCAAUGUGGUUUUUAUUAAACCCUCCUGGCAAAGCCACAGUCCACAUACAGAGCAUAGACAACUAUGCAUGGUCUUCCAAGUACAAUAUCUCUGACAGCAGUCCCAGAUAUGCUUCUGAAUCGAACUACCUGCUUUUCUACCUGCCAGACAUUUUUCCUGCCCUAAACAAGAUUGUGCUCUUUGAUCAUGAUGUGGUGGUGCAGCAGGAUCUCAGUGGACUAUGGAAUGCCGAUAUGAAAGGAAACGUAAUUGGAGCAGUUGGAACUUGUGAGGAAGGCAAGCCCUCAUUUCUUAGGAUUGAUACGUUCAUAAACUUCUCAGAUCCAUCAAUUGGAGAGAAGUUUGAUGUCAAUGCUUGCAGUUGGGCAUUUGGGGUGAACUUGUUUGAUUUGCAACAGUGGAGGAGACAUAAUUUAAUCGCAGUCUAUCACAAAUAUUUGCAAAUGGGUUCUGAGAAGCCAUUGUGGAAUUGGUACACUGGACGUGUGCCUUUAGGUUGGCUUACAUUCUAUAACAAUACAGAGUUGUUGGAUAGAAGAUGGCAGAUUCUUGGGCUUGGUCAUUACUCUGGUAUCGGUCGAAAUGAGAUUGAGGAAGCUGCUGUUAUACACUAUGAUGGCAUUAGGAAGCCAUGGUUGGAUAUUGCAAUGGGCAGAUACAAAAGUUACUGGACCAAAUUUUUAAAUUUUGACCAUCCGUUUUUGCAACAGUGCAAUCUCCAGGAAUAGACCAAAAUUUGUGUGUCUACCUGGACCUGGCUUCUAUAGUUGGCACAUUCAUUGCUUGAAGACGAAUUUCUAGCAUGAACCACCGCAAUGGGAGGUUCUUUGUAAACCAUUCAAGUUUACCACAUGAUAUAUUUUUAUUUAAUUGGCCGAGGUGUGAUGAAUAGGCAACUAAAAAUUUCUGUAAAUUGCAAUCA